AUGGGCUUCGAAUGCAAUGUUUACUUCUGCAAUGCGGCGAUCGAUGCAUAUGUGAAGAGUGGGUGUUUUGGAGAUGCAUUGAAGUUGUUCGAUGAAAUGCCUAGCAGGGAUUUGGUUUCUUGGACAUCGGUGAUUUCUGGGUAUGUGCAUGAAGGAAAUACCAGAGAAGCUGUUCGGUUGUUUAACGAAAUGCGAAACGAGGUGGGUCCCAAUGAAGUGACGUUAAUUGUGAUGUUGCAAACUUGUUCUAGUGUGGUCGACGGAAGGCAGUUUCAUGGUUAUUCAAUUAAAUGCGGGUCUUCAAUGGAUCGGUCAUUGAGAAAUUCAAUCAUGCAAAUGUAUGCCGAUUUUAGCAGUGCAGACGAAGUAGAAACUCUAUUUCGAGAAACUGAUGAAAGGGAUGCAGUCUCUUGGAAUAUUAUGAUUUAUUCGCAUUCUUCGAAAGGAAACGCUACGAAAAUGGUAGAUUGUUUCAAUAAAAUGAGGAACGAAGUAGAAGCAAGCGUCGAAACGUACACUCUGCUUAUUACAGGUCUUGGAGAGUGUGGAGAUCACAGUCAAUGCAGACAAAUACAUUGUCUUGCUCUAAAGAGCGGAUCGUUAGAUAAUAUACUAAUCACUACUUUCUUGAACUCAUAUGCCAAGUGUGGCGAUUUCGAGAAUUCGACUAAAUUUUUCAAACAAGUUUCUUGCAAGAGCUAUGCUACAUGUGAUGAUGCUAUGAUUGAAACUAUGAGAAGUCUCGUUGUUGGAUACACGAAUGUAGGUGCUCUACGGUUAGGCAAAUCCAUCCACGGCUACUUCAUACGAAAUUCCCUUUCGACCCCCAACGGAUCCGCUCGAUUAUUAGAGACCUCGAUUCUCAAUAUGUACGUGAAAUGCGGAGAUAUUUCUUCCGGAAGGAUUUGUUUCGAUAGAAUGCCCGUAAAAGAUCUCGUUUCUUGGUCAUCAAUGAUCGAGGGCUAUUCAACUCACGGAUUAGGUCACGAAGCACUUCAAAUCUUCCAUCAAAUGAAAACCGAAGGAAUAAAGCCAAACGGAGUAACUUUCUUGAGCUUAUUAUCUGCAUGCAGCCAUUCGGGUUUAUUGCAAGAAGGCUGCGAAACCUUAAUCUCGAUGAAAAGGGUAUUCGGAAUCAAGCCCGAUUUGGAUCACUACACUUCCAUAGUUGACUUACUGGGGCGAUACGGGAAAGUCAAAGAAGCUUUAUCGAUUGUUCUGAAGUUUGUGGCUUUGCCGGAUAGUAGAAUAUGGGGGGCGCUUCUAGGAGCUUCUAGAAUACACGAGGAUCGGAAAGUCGGGGAAUUUUCGGCCCGGAAGAUAUUGGAGUUGGAAAGCGACAACACUCGAUAUUAUACGUUGAUUAGUAAUGUACAAGCUAUCGGAGAGAGGUGGAGUGAAGUCGAAGAAACGAGGGAUUGUGUGAAAGAGAUGAAUGUGAUCAAGAAUCCUGGUUGGAGCUUCUUGGAAGUGAAGGGAGUUGUUCAUGGUUUUGUUUCUGGAGAUAGAUCACAUCAUCAAAUGGGGGAUUUGUGUAAUUUGAUUUGGUGUUUGAGUAGAAAUUCACUUGAUUUUUAG